AUGGAGCCUCACCCGGCCAUGGAAUGGACCGCCUCGAAGCCGCCGCUCGACGGCGUGUCCAUCGAGCCCCUGAGCGACGCCACCCUCGAGGGCGCGCGCGCCGUCUGGAACGAUUUCGUGCGGCGCAGCAACAAGCGGUUCCUCUUCGGGUGCUGCCCCGCGUGUGACGAGUCCGCGCGGCAGUUCGCGAGACCGUUCGAGGCGGACCCGAGCAGGCUGCGCACCGCCGCGGUGGCCGUGCGCCGCGCCGACGGCAAUGUGAUCGGCGCCGUCGUGUGCACGACGCACGGGCAGAUGCGCACGGAGGAGGAACGCUCCGUGGCGCCCGACCCAAAACCGGGGGCGUCCCACGUCGAGUGGAUCGCGGUGCUGCCGGAGGCGCGAGGCGGUGGGAUCGGCGCCGCGCUGCUGACGCACGCGUUCAGCGCGGUGAAGCAAGAUCCGUGGAACGCGAGGUCGAUCGACCUCGGGGUGGUUGGGGGGAACAGGGCCAAACGUCUGUACGAACGACUGGGGUUCGAGCGGGUCGGGCCGAACGACCCAAUCGAGAAAUGCAUCGCCGGGUGCGUGAUAUGCUUCUUCAUGGGAUGCCCGAACCGCGACCCGUGCGCCGGGUUCACGUACAGCGACAUGGUGAAGGCGCUGUGA